GUCCCCAGGGUGACCGUUGUUGGUAUAGCCUUUUAGCUGCUUCAUGCCGGUGCUUCCGUUCAGUUUACCGAAGAACGACUCACCAGUAUACUUGACUGUUUAAAACGCACUUGGGAUCAUUUAUAGCUUGUCAACCCAAGAAAGCAAAUCAAUCAGUGUGAAUACGGGUGCUGCACAUCUGCACAGCUUUGAGCAGCGGUAUGAUGCAGGCGGGUGUCCGUCUGAGAUGCGACUCUGAGACGACCCUACCAGGCCUCACUGAGCAGCACAGGUUCAGACUGAAAGAAGAGGAACUCAGUGGUCUGGAAUCCACAUGGCAGAGUCUGAGGCAAAGUGUACUACACCCGGACUCAACACACUGGUGCCAGAGUGUGUUACAGCACACAGCGGGGUCAAAGAUGUACACCACAUAGACACAGUACAGAUAAAAACAGAGACUGAUUUUAAAACUGAGAGCCUAGACUCAACAACGACGGAAAAUAUAACCCAUCUGCAUCCCGACCAAAUCAAAACCGAGACCGAUGAUGGAGGCUAUGCUGAGGCUGAACACAUCCAUGUCUCGCCAGACGUUAAAUGUUUUGUCAUUAAAUCUGAUGAAGUGAUGUUUGAAUCCAGUGAAAUUUUAGUGGGUGAUCUCAUGAAUACUGUGCUGGAGGGAGCUGGUGUUGAUCAAAAAGGCCAGACUGAACCAUGGCAGCGUGCAGGAGAGCCGAAUCCAAUCGGCAAAAAAUCGAGAAACGGUACAGGUAAAAACUCCCAUCAAUGCUCUUUGUGUGAGAAGUAUUUUUUAACGGCAUCACUUUUACAUGAACACCUGAGAAUUCAUUCAGUUGAAAAACCCUACAAGUGUACUGAGUGUAUGAAGUGUUUUCAUAAGAAAACCUAUUUGUAUAAGCAUCAGAGAAUUCAUACAGGUAAAAAGCCCUUCAGAUGUACUCAAUGUGACAAGUGUUUUCUUAGGAAAUGUCAAUUGGAUUCCCACCAGUUAUUUCAUACAGGUGAAAAGCCCUACAAAUGUGAUCAGUGUGACAAGGGUUUUGUGAACAAGUCUUAUUUAAUUACCCACCAGAGAACCCAUACAGGUGAAAAGCCCUACACAUGUAUGCAGUGUGGGAAGUGUUUUGUUGAUAAAUAUUAUUUUAGUGUCCACCAGAGAAUCCAUGAAGGUGACAAGCCCUACAAAUGUACUCUCUGUGGGAAGUGUUUUCUUCAGAAAACAUCUUUAAAAAAGCAUGAGAUGAUUCAUACAGGUGAAAAGCCAUACAAAUGUGAUCAGUGUGAGCAAUGUUUUCUGAAGAAAUUCCAAUUAAAUGUCCACCUGAUGACUCAUACAGGUGAAAAGCCCUACAAAUGUACUCAAUGUGGGAAGUGUUUUCUUCAGAAAACAUCUUUAAAAAAGCAUGAGCGGAUUCAUACAGGUGAAAAGCCAUACAAAUGUGAUCAGUGUGAGCAAUGUUUUCUGAGGAAAUUCCAAUUAAAUGUCCACCUGAUGAUUCAUACAGGUGACAAGCCCUACACAUGUACUCUCUGUGGGAAGUGUUUUCUUCAGAAAAAAUCUUUAAAAAAGCAUGAAAUGAUUCAUACAGGUGAAAAGCCAUACAAAUGUGAUCAGUGUGAGCAAUGUUUUAUGAGGAAAUUCCAAUUAAAUUCCCACCUGAUGAUUCAUACUGGUGAAAAGCCAUAUAAAUGUACUCAAUGUGGGAAGUGUUUUGUUCAUAAAUCUCAUUUAAGCAGCCAUCAGAAAAUUCAUACAGGUGAAAAACCCUACAAAUGUACUCGGUGUGAGAAGUGUUUUCUUCGGAAAUCUAAUUUAAGCAACCAUCAGAGAAUUCAUACAGGUGAAAAGCCCUAAAAAUAUGACCAGUGCCGGAAGUGUUUUCUUCAUAAAUCAAGUAUCCACCAGAGAAUUCAUGCAAAGUCCCGAUGAUAUUAUUUUCAUCUAUUUUAAAGACUGCUAAAUUUGGCAAUGAUAAAAAAUAAUAAUAAUAAAAAUAAAAACUGGUAACAUGGUAACUAAAAGAAAGCCCAAAUCUCUUUUUACCUGUUUUAUUGCCAACUCUGCAAAGUUCUGCUGGCUCACUGAUGGGAUUGCAUUUCUAUCAUGUACAACCAAGUGCUUUGGACUGUCAUACCUGAUUUUUUAAUACAUGCAAUUUUCUUUUGUUUUAACAACGGAGAUAUUUGCUGUGAUGUAAUUAACAAUUGUGUUCCUUCAGAAUGAAUUUUGAACAGUCACUUGGAUAUGGAAAUAAAUAUAAGUAAAAAACGG